AACGUCGACGAGAAAUAUACUCUCUGUAGCCGGUGCGAUUUUACUUGAAGACUAUAAGACGUUUAAGCUUAUAGCCACUCUGGUUAGUUGUUUUUUGCGCUCGGGCUCGUUGAGAUUGGUACCUACGAUCGCGUUACGUGUUACUCAUCGAUCCUCGGAAGGGAUAGUCCGAUAUAGUGAACAGUAGUGUUCCGUUGCGUCUGAUGACGCUGAAUAAUAACCACUUUUAGCAGCUAUUGAACAAAGAAAACAUCUCCCUUAGAAAUAUUUUAAAGUGUUUGUUGGCGAAAGCAUUGUCAUAAUUUUAGUGAAAAGUGAUCAAAAUGGAGGCAAAUAGCACGGUUGUGAGCCUAUUAGGAAUCGGCCGAGCCGAUGAAGACCAUGAUCAUGACCAUGAGGAAGAUGAAAAUGAUCAAAUUAUAGUCGCCAAGGCAACAGCUAUGGUCGUAUUGUUCUCGGUGAGCAUGAUUUGCGGAAUGGUACCAUUCAAACUGGCCAAAUGGUUCAAAUGGACUGACAGUGCAUCGGACGCCAAAGGCAGUUUUUUGGUAUCGAUAUUACUAUCGUUCGGUGGGGGAGCACUGCUGUGCACAACUUUCCAACAUCUGCUGCCGGAAAUCAACGAAAACAUUCACGAACUUACGCUUUUGGGACAUUUGCCCGAACUUACGUUCAGUUUAGGAGAAUUUUUAAUGUGCGCUGGUUUCUUCAUCAUCUAUCUGGUCGAAGAGUUGGUGCACGUUUAUCUGCACAGACAUGAGCGCAAAAUAAAUGACGCCAAAAUAAACGAGCUGGAGGUUGCCAGUGGCGCUAUUAUGAGAGGUACACAUGCGAGAGAAAGCAUUAUUAUGCGGAAGAAAAACAGCGAAAAUCGCAACGGAAGUAUUUCUACCGCAGAUCUAAUCUCCAAUGAUAUGGAGAACCAGAAACGGGGGAUUUCUGUGGUUUCGAAUGAUAUGCCUGCUGUCAACUCGCAGCAUCCCCAUGACCACCAUGUUCAUCACCAUCUCCCGCCAACUAAUAUAGACGGUAAACUAGUGUCGUCCAUUCGUGGCCUGCUGAUUGUUUUGGCUCUCUCGGUACACGAGCUGUUCGAGGGCCUCGCAGUUGGCCUGGAAGGAUCCACUGCAACAGUCUGGUACAUGUUCGGUGCAGUAGCGGCACACAAAUAUGUCAUAGCUUUCUGCGUGGGAGUAGAACUGAUUGUUGCUCGUACCAAGUUUUGGCUGGCGGUAGCAUACAUCUUCACUUACUCAGUUGUCAGUCCACUUGGCAUGGCAAUUGGAAUCCUCCUGAGCAAUGGUGCCAACGCUGACAAUAUGGAAGUGAUAUCCGUUAUUCUACAAGGGCUGGCCUCGGGAACGCUGCUGUAUGUUAUUUUCUUCGAAGUACUUUCCAAGGAGCGUUCGGGAUUGUGGCAGUUUCUGGCUGUGUUUACUGGAUUUUUCUUCAUGUUUGGCAUCAAGUUCCUAACUGGACAUAGCCACAGUCACAGCCAUGGUGUGACAGAGGAUAACCAGGACCAGGGUCACGACCACGAACAUGAUCAUGACCAUCUCUAGGGUAGUGCUAAAAAGCGUGAUCAUGCCAUGGAGCUUAUUGUCACCGCUCACUAUAAAUGAACAUAUAUUGUAGGCAGCAGGAAGUAAAAGUGACGGAAGGUUGUGACAAUUGAUAGGAAUUGUAAAACAAAAUAUGAACAGUAUUGUUUGAUGUGGGCCGGCGUCCGCAAAUCUUUGCAGCUAUGAUAGUGUGGAAAAUAUUAAAUAUUACACAACUGAAUAGAAGCUUCUAUACGUUUUAGUAGAUGUUUAAGAAAUUAGAUAGAUAGGAUGUUUUAAAUUAAACAGAAUCCAGCUUAAUACAAGACUCCGAGCUUGAAAUUGUGAUUAGAUGGUUAGUAUAUGUCAACAGUAAGAUUUUAUCCGAUGUUUACGAUUAAUAAGACUUUAAUUGUAUGUUUGUAUCGUAAUAGCAUUUGCUAACUAAUUGUUUUAACUAUAGAUUGUAAUAAUAAAGUAAUUUUUAUAUAA